UCGUUUUCGGCCGGUCGGACGGCCGCAGGUCUGGAUUAAACGUUGCUUUUUCUUGUGUUUUCCUAAUCACGGUCCCAACGUUAUUAACAUGGCGACGAGGAGUCAACGUAACCCGCGAAGCACAACGGCCACCGACGACAUCACCAACGGCGACGACGCGACUCCGGAAUCUCAAGCCAGUUCGCCAAGUGCAACCACAAACUACUCACAAACUGUUACUUAUUAACGUGUGACGUUAUUAACACCCAUCUUUUAUCGAGAAAUAUGAAUGUGACUGUGGUGUAGGGUUUCGCAGUUUCUUACUUUGCUAACUCUGGGAACGCAAGAUAGGCUCGUAAAUGGUACACAUCGCUGUUCGGAGCUUGAACGACGCCAGGAAGAUUUAUUUUAUCUUUCCACCAACUGUUUGGCGUCGUUACCGUCUGCUUUAGUUUCGGCAUACAAGUGUGGUGUCUGAGAAACACACAAACCAGUUUUGCUGCCUAACGCGCCGUUUGAGGUAUCGUUGUAAGGCACUGCGCGCUUGAGAUGUUGCGCGUACUUCCUCUGCGUGCUACACUGCUUUCGACCGCAAUCCUAGGCCUAGGAGGGACAUUUCGAGGCGCACUUGGUGAUGCAGCCGCAAAAGGGGCAACGGCGGAAACAGUGAAGAGCCGCAUCGGUGACUACGUCAUCGACGAGUUGUUUAGAGCUCAUGAGCUGAGAGAGUUUGCCGUGCGGGGCCACUAUAUCAUGAGCUCCACGACCGAUGUCCCCCUAUGGGUGCUGACACAACAAGGAGUAGUAACUGGCCUCGGAGACGUCGACAUUGUCAGCCAGAGCAUGGAUGUAAUGAGUGAUCACGUUGUCUACAAGGGGAGGUUCAAGUCAACCCAUGGAAGCUACCGAGCACCCAUGAAGAUCUUCAUGGAUGGCCGCUGGUAUCGGUCGAGCGACGUGCGCGUCAUUCUAGCGCGUGUCGUCUUCUACGUAGAGUUCAUAGUUCACAAAGCCUCACCUGAUACUCCGGUACGCACGGUACGGUUGGACAAGACGGCUUACGCGGACACAAAGACCAGAGAUGAAAACAUCAGCCGCCUCAUUGACAAACGAGAUGAAUUGCGGAACGCAAUCCAAGAUUUCGUUGAGCACAGCCUCCUGUACAAGGAUGGUUUCGAAAGAGUAGUGAAGCACAUCAUUGAGACGCACAGACAACACGAGACGUUUCAAAACGCCUUCACGGACUGGGACUGGAAGUCCUGAGUAGCUUCUCCGCUUCAUAUAAAAACAUUACUAAUUUUCGCAGCCAUAUGUUCGCAGUGGUUGUCAGGUUUGCUUUCUUAUUUACGGGUGUUUUACUUCGUAAAAUUUUUCAAGUUUG